AUGAAAAAUGACUUGUCUGGGAACUCUUACUUGAAGAUCCAGGGCAGUUCUCUAGUGAUUGCUAAGCUCAUUUGCAACUGCUCCAAGCCAAGUGUAUCUUUGGCCAAUGGAACCAGGCUGGCAGAGUUGAAGAAGAGCAGGAAUGAGCAGAUGCAAGCCCAACCUUCCAAGAAGGCCAGGGCUGAGCAGCUUGUGGAGAUUGUAGUUGAGGACAGUUCUGUGCACAUCCUAUGCCCUGGAAAGCGAGCUGCAUCAGCAGAUUUGAUGGUGGCACUGAAGGAAGAUCAGCUGUUCACUGUAUUCAAAUACCUUGCACCAGACUGCCAUGAUGGCUCCAAGAGCAACAGGUCCUACAAGAGAAGUGGCAACUUUGUGGGCAGUGCUAGGAAGAGAGGCAGAAGCCAUGGCUGA